AUGCCCUAUCACCAUAUACUACCGAAGAGAUUUGAUGGCCGACCAACUUUACCCAACAGCAACAGUGUAGGGGAGUCCUUGAUAGAAGGCUCCAAGAAGCGGCCGCUGAAGCCAUUCAACAGCAAGAACCAGUCCCACCGGAACAUCGUUGUACUUGUGCAGAGAUUCUUUCUAACCUCCUUUUCCCUCGCCUCCCUCGUGGUCUCUCUUUGGGCAUUUUCCCGGAUACAUCAAUUGAGCAAGUGGGAGCAACGGUCCUUCAAUACACUAUCGAUCCUGCUCACCGCCAUUGCCAGUUUGGGUCUUGGAUCACUCUUGGGCCACCUGGGUUCCAUGCUUAGGUGGCCCCUGCUUGCCCGAACCAUGUACCAAAUGCAAGAUGUGUGGUAGCACGACUCUCCACAUAGGCCUUUGUUAACCAUUAAGAUAGGUAGACUCGAUACUGGGGAUGUCUCCACCAGCCGGCUCGAUGCGGCUCAUCAAGAGACACAUCCGAGAGUGGAGGAUAUCGCGAACGACCUUUAUUGUCACCGCAUACCUCGUCGCAAAUCUAUUUGGGAGAUUGAGUGUGGCUGUUUUCGGUUUAGCUUACAACAUGACGGAUGAAACUGGGAUCCGGUACCCAAUCCUUGCGACAGAUUGGACAUCGGCUUUAUGGACAGGUAAAAUUUUCCCCGGCGGGGACGGCGACACUAACACGGAGACGGGUGACAGUGGAGUAGGCAAGGAUACCGAAACCCCUAGACCUAAUGAACUGGAGCUAACAUCUCUGAUAAGCGUUCCUGAAUUCGGUGUGGAAUGGCUUACAGAAGUACGCAAAAAUCCCUGUUUGGGCUCAAUAUAAGUCCCAAUUUAAAUUGGGUGAUGACAUAAGCCCCUAUUUGGAGUCCGAUCUCCAAGUGAGAAACGCUACCCUGAAAGUGGGCAAAAACACUGUUGAAUAUUCCUACGAUUUGAAGGAUUUCAAUGGGGGCUACACCACGCCAUCAAACCGCACCGUCCACUCCACUGUAAACUGCAGCUUGAUCCAGGUUGGUGAUGGUCAGUACUGGCGCUGGGGCAAUGGGAAUAGGACCGGACCAUUCAGUAUGUAAGAUUUUUGCCAUGACUCCAUAAUCUAUGGCGCAAGUGUCGGGGAGACUAAAUUUGGAUUUUCCGGAUUAGGUUGGGGUGAAGAGGGCAGUCUUGAGGUGGUAUCGGAGAUACUACGGUUCUCGAAUCAAACCGACACCGUCCAGUUCGCCAUGACCGACUGGGUGUCAUUCCUAGACUUUUUGGGAGGGAGCGGUGUAUAUCCCCAGAUUUGUCAGUACUGAUCACCCAUGGCCAUGUCAAGGUCCCGGAGCGCUAACAUCAUCCUGUCACUAGAUAUUGUAUGCGAAGAGGUUGCCUGGGAAUGUUGGCCGACUCUAACGGAGACUGUUGGGGGCAAUGAAUCUCAGCAUGUUCCACCUCAUGAACGGAUAUUUCACCCCACAGAGCUAUACCGGCUGCUGACCGUGGGCAGUGGUGAUUACGAGGAUUUCACUGAAGGAAACGGCGGGCAUUAUGUCUAUAUGAAUGUCUUUGGUAGAACUUUGAAUAGACCUUCCGCCGACGAUGGUGCAAUCGCCCUUUGCAGUCAUUUGUUCGGUAAUAGCCCUAGGGAUGAGGUAGCUCGGAAGAGUUACGCCCUUUGGGUGUCUGGCCUAGUAGCUCGGCUACCGAUUCUCGCCAUAAUCCACGCAAAUAACGAUUUGCCAAAGUACGCAAGAGGCCCACACCCCAACCAGACCACUGGGACCGCAUACCUGCAUACAAACUUGGAGGUCAACUGGGCCCGCGUUGUUCUCAUAGCAGUUGGCAUUACCGGCGGCCAAAUCCUGGCGAUCCUAGCUGUCCUUGGCUAUUGCAGGGGGGUCUACACCAGAGACGAUAGCCAUCUGGCCACUGCGGAGAUAUUGAAAACAGUUAUAAAUAGAUUUGAUGAUGGCAAGUUGAUGACGGGAGAAGAAUUGGCAACAUCUCUUGAUGACGUCUUGAAGGAACCGGUUAGAUAUGGGACUAGGGAAGGACCAGAUGGUGGUCCGCCAGAGGUGGAUCUAGCGAGCGGCUUGGAUACAAAAUUCCCGUCAUUCCCGAAGAAGAGACGAUUGCGGAGGAACAUUGACUUAAGGGUCCCGGAGUCAUAG